AUGCCCUAUACGCACCAGCCGCAGCUGUCGAUCAACUCAAUCCAGUCGCUGGUGGAGCCGGUGACGCCUCCUCUGGGCCAGAUGAACAACAAGCAGAACCAUCAGAGAACCAACUCGUUGGAUCUGUCGGGGUUCAACCAGUUCAUGGCGAGCAACUCGCCGAUCAACUUGCCUACGCUGUCGCCGAUGAGCGGCGGGAUGCUGUCUUCGGUGGCAAAGCCGCGGAUCUCGUCGCUGCCACUGAUCACAGAGUUCGACACAGCGUCGGUGGAAAGCUCCGCGACCCUGAUUGCGGGUGAAACGCCGUAUGGUGCGGCGCUGCCGGCGCUGCGCAGUGUGAGCGGGUCGACGGUGGCGUCGAACGCUGGCGCGGCGUCGGCUGGCGCGGCGGCAACGGCGCGCUCGUCGUCGUCAGUCUCGUCCGCCACCUCAGCAAGCACAGGAGCGCAGGGCUGCAACCCGGACCUAGGCUCCUUGCCGAUCGAAGAGCUCGAUUACCUGCAGCUGGCGACGGACCAGUACGGCUGCCGCUUUUUGCAACGCAAGCUAGAGAACCCUGCGGAGUCCAACCAGGUGCGCGACCUGAUGUAUUCGCAGAUCAAGCCAUACCUGCUGGACCUUAUUUUGGAUCCGUUCGGCAAUUAUCUCAUUCAGAAGCUGUGCGAAUAUCUCACUCUGGAUCAGAAGACGUCCAUGAUCCAAGACAUAUACACCCAUGUCUUUGAAAUAUCGAUUAACCAGUAUGGUACUCGCUCUUUGCAGAAGAUCAUUGAUACGACUGAGACAGAGCAGCAUAUCGACAUGAUUGUCAGCGGGUUUUCGCAGCAGUUUACUUCCAUCAACCAAGUGGUAACUCUUAUCAACGAUCUCAACGGGAACCAUGUUAUCCAAAAGUGUAUCUUCAAGUUUCAGCCAACUAAGUUUGACUUUAUCAUCGAUGCGAUUGUCGAAAAAGACAAUAUCAUCAAGAUUUCCACGCAUAAGCACGGCUGCUGUGUCUUGCAGAAGCUCUUGAGUGUGUGCACCUUGCAACAAAUCUUCAAGAUUUCUGUCAAGAUAAUCCAGUACUUGCCGGGGCUCAUCAAUGAUCAGUUUGGCAACUACAUAAUUCAGUUCCUGUUUGAUAUCAAGGAGCUGGAUUUCUACUUAUUGGGUGAGAUUUUCAGCAAGCUGUCGCACGAGCUGUGCCAGUUGUCCUGUUUGAAGUUCUCUUCCAAUGUUGUUGAGAAAUUUAUAAAAAAGUUGUUUCAGAUUGUUCAUGACUCUCUCACAAACCCUUCAGCUUCAGCUUCACCUCCUAUCAAGGUUGUGAGUAAUGGUUCGCACUCGUACCAACAUCAGGCAGACGAUGUCGUCAAUGUUGCGAUGGGGAUCCUGCUAACUAUCACAGAUAUCUUUACUGCAAAUCUGAAUGUGCUGAUCAGGGAUAACUUUGGUAACUACGCCCUUCAAACUUUACUUGAUGUGAAAAACUACACUCACCUGUUGGAGAUUCCUGGCAAUAACUAUAUCCAUAGCUCUCCUAGAUUGACUAAAUUCAGUCAUGAAUUUACGCUAAAGGUGGGCAACCUGAUUGUGUUGACGAAGGAGCUAUUGCCAAGUAUCAAGACCACUUCGUAUGCUAAGAAAAUCAAGUUGAAAGUGAAGGCAUACGCCGAACUAACCGGCGUAUCUUUCACUGACCUCUCUCCCAAGAAGGGCCAACAGAAUGCACCCAAUGGUAUUGCUUCUGGAAGCUCAGCUGCUAACGGGGGGUGCUCUCAUCGCAAGCAGCAUGCUCGGCACUACUCCUUACCGGCAAAUUCCUUUAGGCACCAGCGCAGUAACAGCACUAUUUCAUUAUCUGGUGGUUACCAUGGGCAGCAAGGGCACCCACAGCAACAGGUGAACAUGAUGCGCCUACCUCAAAAGUUAAAUUUCAAUAUGUCCCAGCUUUCGCAGCAACAGCAUCUGUCGCAGCAGGCUGUAUUCAACCAACUUCAGACGCAGCAGCAACAUGUACAGCUUGUCUCUCCUUCCCAUCAGGCUAUGAAUAUGCCAUCGACUUACCAGCAGCAGCCCCAGAUGCCGCCUCAACCGGAAUAUCUCUCUAUGAACUUCACGAACGCUACGCCAGCAUAUGCCUCAGGUGAGACCCAGACCACUUCGUUUGCCGACCCGUUUACGUACGAGCAACAGCAGAAACAACAGUGGCAUCAGCACCGACAGCAACAGCUCCAACAGCAGCAUUCGUCCGUAUCCCAUAUGCGCCAUAACUUAUCCGACGCGGGCCUGUUUUCACAUCAGGCUGCAUCAUCAUCGGCCUCUAAUCUAAUGGCGAUGAACAGCGGAGCUGCUAGUCCAACUCCCCAGCAGCCAAUGUACUUGACAAACGCCGCGGCUAUGGAAUACGACAUGCACUUAGGUAACGGAUUUUACCGCUGA